UCCUUUUGGGAUGCAUGAUUGAGAAGUGUGUUUUUAUUAAAUACAAAAUAAGUUAAUUGACAUCAAACCACUGUCAGCAUAAUCAAAUCUAUCAUGAUGCUGAUGCCUAGUGGUUUAUAAUGCAUAUGAGUCAGACAUAUAUGCUUGCCAUAUUUAAGACCUUUCAUUUAAGUGAUUUUGAUUUAGUUUACUGAUCAGCAGUUAUGCCUCAUUAAUUAUAGAUUAAAAUUUGUGAUAAAUGCCUUCCACACCACUGCUCCAGUGAAUCCAGAUUUUAGCUUUCAUUCUACAUUAACUCAUCCAUGUAGGCGACAUUACCAACCUGUGAAACAAAGAGUCGUUUAUCACCCUCUUCCAAUCAGUCUCAUUGCUCUCUCACUUAUUCUGAACUCCACAGACCCCUUGUACCACUCAGAAUUAAAACUCUCACCAUUACUUAAAGUUUCUCCAUGAUCUCACCUAACUCAAUACCAGUGACCUCCAGAUGUAUUAUUACACAUCUUCACUAACAAUAGUCUCUUUGUUUGUUCCUUUUUUCUGCUACAUCACCAUAAUGAGUGUUCCUUUAACAUGAGACUGCUUCUGUUAUCUAGCUUCGGGCACGUAAGCCCACUCAAAAAAUUCUGUUGAGCUAUUUCUUUAGCUCCUCCCUCAAUCUCUUUGACCACAAGUCCAUCAUGUAAUGUCCUCAAGAAAAGGAGAGGGUUGAUCCUCUCAGGUGGUUCACCAGUACUUUACAACAAGCGCUAAAACGUAGCCAACUACUCUGCACUACCACAAGCUGCCCUCAAAGCGACUGCAGGGGGGAGAAGACUGUCACACAUCUCCUUCUGGAAUGUGCCUUUGCAGAGAAAUGCAGGUUUUUGUUGAGGUUUGCCCCAAGCAGCUCCAUGACACAGGACUCUGUGUUCUACAGUCUGUUCGCAGGACAUACACUGAGACAAACAUUGGCUGUGCCUUGAGGACCAUUAACAGGGUGAAAGGAAACUUAUUAGUCUUCCACUGGAAAGAGUUGACCUUGACCAUGUGUUGUAGACUGGCACAUUUCAAAGUCCAGGACUGAGUCCUGAACGACACAAUAAGGCUUAAGGUAGCUGCUGCCAACGUUCAGUGGGGAAAGACCAUGUCCAAGGUCUUCCUGCUAAAGUAUAAUGAGGGUCCGUUCAGUUUUCAGAUGCUCUUGGUUCCUCAAAAUGAAUGCAAAUAGUUCCUGCAUGAUUGGAAAAUACCUUUGCUUUGCAGCUGCAAGGAAGUUCUCAGCAAUGUCAAAUUCCAGCGUGUGGUUGUGUUUUCUCGCAGAUUUUACAGAAUUGUCCUAGGACCUUUUGUAUAUACUUACAGAUUUUUUCUUUCAUGAUAAAGUGUAUUGUUGCAAUAAAAUAUCUGUAACCCUCUGGAGUAGUUGGGACUUGAACCGGGUUUUUUUGGUUUAGAGCUAGACACACUACCGCUGUGCCAACAAGAGUCUCGGAACUUUAUGGUGCAGCUGACAGCAUGUAAUGCAUUGUGACGGAACCUUAGAGCUAAAACUAGCGAUGGAGGUAGUGCAUACGAUGGACUAUUGCUAGCGCUGCCCGCUGCCUCGGAGGUUUGCGGUGAGAGCAAGUUUCAGACUCGUGCCGAUAUUUAACUCGGAGUUGUUGAACUCGACGCUUUCGCCUCUGACCCUCGGAUUUCCCUGCGAUUGCUCUCAAUAAAUAUCACAUGGAGCAAAGGAAAGAAACUUUUCCGCAAACUCCCCCUUGGCCCGUGCACCUUGACAGUGCAAAGCAUCUUACAAACGCGUUCGGCUUCUCUUAUCGAACCCAGUGGAUAUUCCUAACGUUGCUUAAAAUGGGAGAAUAAUUUUUAAAACGGGGAAUGCUGGAAAAUAUUCAGCAUAUUGGAAAUUAAAACUUGAUGUUCCAGUUUUAGCACGCACACCAGUGCACGUCUACUUCCUUUUGUGAAGAUGGGACAGCUUUUUACCAGAUUGCCAGAAGAAAAACGCGAGGCUGCUUUGCAUUUUAUUCGCAACCAAGUUGUACAGAAUUGUGUAGUUAUAUUUUCCAAGAGCUAUUGUCCUUACUGUAUGAAGGCAAAGAACAUCUUUGAAGAAAUAGGAGCUAAUUUCAAGGCAAUUGAACUGGAUCAGCGCAAGGAUGGUGACCACAUUCAAAAUAUUCUUGAGGAAUUGACUGGUGUCAGAACAGUGCCAAGAGUAUUUGUGAAUGGAAAAUGCAUUGGUGGUGCUACAGACACACACAAGCUCCAUUCAAAUGGUAAACUACUGCCUUUAGUGUUACGGUGUUCUCCACCUUGCAAAUGGGAUGACAGUUUUUGUCUUAAUCGUUCGCAUUAAUAUUGAAUUCCUGCAUUUUUCUAACUGCUUGUUACUUUUGAAAUAAAUGAUGAAGUUUCAA